CGGCCGAGCACUUACGCCUGUUCUAUCUUGGCUGGUCUGACUCGUUUGCUGCGUCGUUUUUCAGGCGGGCUUCGCAGCAGCAGAGGAGUGUCAUAAGCCAACAUGGACGCUUCGCAGGCACUCGAGUCGCGAACAGCAGGCAAUCAGCAGCUGUCCUCUCUUGGCGCCGAAAGUGCUACACAAACAAUGGCCGACGAUUCAACGCGAUCAACUGCCAUUGACAUGGACGACGACAGCGAGACAGAGAAACACUCUGGUAGCUCAGAGCAGCAUGUCGACGUCCACAAAGCCAAGCAAGAAUUCCACGAUCUAUCACGAAAGUACAGCAAUGAGCCAGCCCAGUAUGAUAAAGCUGCCCAACCUGAUCUCGAAAAGGCCCUCUCACGGGGAUCGCAAGGCGGUUUCGGGGGUGCAGACAGAAUGGACGAAUUUGAUCUUGAGGACUACCUGCGCAACAACUCUGCCGCAAGAGAUGAAGCUGGUUUCAAGCACAAGAGCCUCGGCGUCACCUGGAAGCAACUCAGCGUCGUCGGUGCCGGUGGCAUGCGCCUCAACAUUCGCACAUUCCCAAACGCUGUCAUGGAGUUCUUCGGAAAGCCAGCUUUCAUGGUUUUGAUGAAGUUCAUGAUGCCCGCGCCAAAGACACUUCUACACGACUUUGACGGAUGCGCAAAGCCUGGCGAGAUGGUUCUCGUCUUAGGUCGCCCAGGGUCUGGCUGCUCAACUUUUCUCAAGACGAUCGCCAAUCAACGCGGCGGCUAUCUGGAGGUCAAAGGCGAGACCCAUUAUUCCGGCGUGUUAUCCACGGAGUUCCCUCACCGCGGUGAAGUAGUCUACAACGCCGAAGAGGAUCUCCACAACGCUACGCUUACUGUAGCUCAGACUCUCGACUUUGCUCUCGCGACAAAGACGCCUGCGCGGCUAUUGCCUGGUCAGACACGUCAAAGCUUCAAGAAGGAAGUUCGCGAUACCCUCCUCUCAAUGUUAGGCAUCACGCACACAAAGCACACGCUCGUGGGGAGCGCAUUCGUUCGUGGCGUGUCAGGUGGAGAGAGAAAACGAGUCAGUGUCGCAGAGAUGAUGGUCGCGCGCUCCUGCGUCGGAUCCUGGGAUAACUCGACCCGCGGCCUCGAUGCCUCAACCGCACUUGAUUAUGCAAAAGCGCUCCGCGUCCUUACCGAUACGUUCAAGACGACCAACUUUGUCUCGCUUUACCAAGCCGGCGAAGGCAUUUACAAUCAGUUUGACAAAGUUCUCGUCAUUGAUGAGGGUCGUCAGCAAUACUAUGGACCUGCUAGCGAGGCCCGGCAAUACUUCAUCGAUCUUGGCUUCAAGGACCUGCCUCGACAGACGACGGCAGACUACCUCACCGGUUGCACAGAUUCUAAUGAGCGCUCUUAUGCAGAUGGGCGGUCAGAAAAGGAUGUGCCAUCGACCGCAGAAGCGCUCGAGACCGCUUUCAAAUCAUCGGCGCAGUACAAGCGCAACAUCGCAGAGCGAGAGGCAUGGGAUGCGUCUUGCCACCAGGACCAAGUCGGCCGCGAAUCCUUCGAGGCUGCUGUGCGGGAGGACAAGCGGAAGCUCGUGCCAAAAAAGUCGCCCUAUACGGUUUCGUACUUUACACAGGUCCGCGCUUUGACGAAGCGCCAAUUCCAGAUCAGAUGGCAGGAUCGUCUUGGUCUCGUCGUGUCCUACAUUACCUCGCUUGGUAUCGCCAUUGUCGUCGGUACGGUAUACAUUACGCUGCCCGUGACCGCCGCAGCUGCAUUCUCCCGCGGCGGUGUACUCUUCAUCGCUCUCCUUUUCAACUCUUUCCAAGCCUUCAACGAGCUUCCGACACAGCUGAUGAACCGGCCAAUAGGCUGGAAGCAAGUCGCAUUCACGUUCUAUCACCCGUCCGCAGCGAGCCUUGGCGCAACGUUUGCAGACGUACCUUUCAAUGUCAUCCAGAUCUUCCUCUUUUCGGUGAUCAUCUACUUUAUGACGGGCCUAUAUCGAUCUGCUGGCGCCUUCUUCGCAUUCUUUGUGAUUGUCUAUGCCCAGUUCCUCAGUCUGGCGAGCUUCUUCCGACUGAUCGGUUGCAUCUGUCGCGACUACAAUCUGGCAGCCCGUCUCGCGUCUGUCCUCGUCACUGCCUUCGUACUGUAUUCUGGUUACAUCGUUCCAGUCUUCAACAUGAAGCGAUGGCUGUUCUGGAUCUACGAGAUGAACCCUCUCGCCUUUGGAUUCUCGGCACUCAUGUCCAACGAGUUCAGACAUCUCGAAAUGACAUGUGACGGCAGUUACAUCACUCCUCGCAAUGUCGGUGGUCUCACGCAGUAUCCAACCGAACUGGGUCCGAAUCAAGUCUGCACACUGCAAGGCUCUGUCGCUGGCUCACCAACGGUUGCCGGUUCCGACUACAUCUACUCUGGUUAUCAAUAUUUGGUCAGCACGCAAUGGCGCAAUUUUGGCCUGCUACUCGUCUUCUUCGUCGCCUUCCUCAUCAUGCAAGCCGUCGCCAAUACUUACCUGAAGCAUGGCGCCGACAUGCCUGCUUUCACCGUGUUCGCCAAGGAGACCAAAGAGCUCAAGCGACUGAACGAGGAACUGGCAGAAAAACGAAAGAAGGCCAGACGUGGCGAAUUAGAGCAAGAUUUGAGCGACCUCAUCCAUACCCGGAAACCAUUCACCUGGGAAAAUCUCUGCUACGAGGUGCCCGUCUCUGGUGGCAAGCGACAGCUGCUGGACCAUGUCUUCGGCUUCGUCGAGCCGGGCACUCUCACCGCGCUGAUGGGAUCCUCUGGCGCUGGCAAGACGACUUUGCUUGACGUGCUCGCCGAUCGCAAAACACAGGGUACGGUUUCGGGUACUGUUCUGAUCGACGGUCAGCCUAUUGGCGUGGAUUUCCAGCGAGGCACGGCAUAUGCUGAGCAAAUGGACGUGCACGAAUGGACCGCUACAGUGCGUGAAGCGCUUCGCUUCUCGGCCUACCUUCGUCAAGACGCGCACAUCUCAAUCGAAGAGAAGAAUGCGUUCGUCGAACAAGUCCUUCAGUUGCUCGAAAUGGAAGACAUUGCAGAUGCUAUGAUCGGCUUUCCUGGCUUCGGUCUGUCUGUCGAAGCACGCAAGCGUCUCACUAUCGGCGUCGAGCUCGCAGCCAAGCCUCAGCUUCUGCUCUUCCUCGACGAGCCUACUACUGGCUUGGAUGGACAAUCAGCGUACAAUUUGGUACGCUUCCUUAGGAAGCUAUCAGCCGCCGGUCAAGCGAUUCUGUGCACGAUUCAUCAGCCUAAUGCGCUCUUGAUCUCUCAAUUCGACCGUCUGCUAUUGCUCAAGUCGGGCGGCCGUACAGUCUAUUUUGGGCCCAUCGGAGAAGGUACGCAUGCCUCGUGUUGCAAACGCUAUAAGCUGAUGCUCGGGAAAUUGACAGACUCGAAGGAUCUGCGAGGCUACUUUGCGCGCAACGGCGCAGAAUGUCCACCUCAGGAAAAUCCUGCAGAGUUUAUGCUUGAAGCUAUCGGCGCUGGAUCUCGCAAGCGCAUUGGCAACAAAGAUUGGGCAGACCGAUGGCUCGAAUCGGAGGAGUUUGAAGCUGUGAAGCGUCGCAUCGCCGAAAUCAACGCGACUGCCGGGCAGCAUACCGCCACUGAGGCGAGUAGUACCAAGGCCUUGACGUUUGCAACGAGCUUCAGGACCCAGAUGACGAUCGUCGGCAAACGCGCUCUCCUGUCACAGUGGCGUCAGCCAGACUACAACUUCACCAAGUGGUUCAAUCAUGCGGCCAUUGCGCUCUUUACGGGUCUAACGUUCCUCAAUCUGGACAAUUCAGUUGCUUCGUUGCAGUAUCGUGUCUUCUCGAUUUUCAUUGCGUCCAUCUUGCCAGCUAUCAUUAUUUCGACCAUCGAGCCCUCCUUCAUCAUGGCUCGCGACACGUUCCAGCGCGAGGCAUCCAGCCGAAUGUACUCGACCUGGGUCUUCGCCUGGACUCAGUUCUUUGCCGAGAUGCCGAAUUCGAUCCUCUGCGCAUUUUCAUACUGGGCGCUUUGGUAUUGGCCGACCGGCUUCAAUCACGCUUCAAGCAGAGCAGGUUAUGCUUUUGCGAUGAUCCUAGUCACUGAGCUCUACAGUGUCACCCUGGGACAAGCUGUUGGCGCACUAUCGCCUUCUAUCUUUGUGGCAUCACUCGCGAACGCGCCUCUGUUGGUCAUGUUUUCGCUCUUCUGCGGUGUCACGAUUCCGAAGCCUCAGAUUCCUCACUUCUGGCGAGUGUGGCUUUACCAGCUCGAUCCGUUCACGCGCUUGAUCAGUGGACUGCUCAUCAACGAACUGCAAGAUCUGCCCAUCGUCUGCAAAGCGAACGAGUUCGUCACCUUCAACCCGCCAAGCGGCCAGACCUGUCAACAGUGGGCAGGUGCCUUCGUCGCUGCGGGCACCGGCUAUCUCGAUAAUCCGAAUGAUACCACGGGCUGCAACUACUGCCAGUACCGUGUAGGCCAACAGUUCACAGAUCCUCUAGACAUCCAGUACCAAUAUCGUGGUCGAGAUAUCGGCAUAUUCGUGGCAUUCUUCGUGUUCAAUCUGAUCGUACUACUUAUCGCCAGUCGCUUCCUUCGCUAUUCGAAGCGAUAGCGUCUUCACGUGGCUUGCUGUUGUUCAUGCACCGGUGUAGAGCUCUAUGCGAGGACUAUUGCUGCAGUUUCAUUGCAGACAGAAAGACGCUUCUCAGGCUGG